AUGUCAGUGUUAAAGAGAAUAUUUAGAGAAAUUAAUGAGUUUGACCAAAGUGGUUUGAGUUUGAUAAGUUAUUAUUUAAAACUAUACGUGGUAAGUUUAAUAAUUAAACAAGAUUCGGAUAGAUCUGUUGCUGUCAACCUAUUAGAUCAAGUAGAAAGUUUUAAACUUAGUAUUACAGAAGAAAAUGUGGCUGAAUAUAGUGUAAUUCAUGAUAUAGAAGGUAAGGGGAAAAUUUAUGUUUUAAAUUUCACCGCCAAGUUAUAUAAUUCAUUAUUGAAGACACAACAGGAGGAAUUAACACAAUCGAGUGGCGUUAUCACUGAUAAAGAUACUGAAGACAAAAAUAAUAAGAAAAUUGACAAAAUUGAAGAAUUGAUCAAAGGGUUAUGGUGUUGUAUUGAUUUAUAUUCUAUGUUGCAAGAUACUUGGCCAGAUUUAAAGGAGAAUUGCGGAAAGAAUAUUAAAUUUUGCAAAAUAUGUAUUAAAAAACUAUUACAUGAAAAAAAGUCUAUGGAGGAAGUUAUAUUGGAUAAAGAACUAUCUAAAGAAGAUAAAGAAACUCAAGAAACUGGUAGUGAAGAUCCAAUGAAGAAAAGUCUUUCCGAAAUAAAUGGUAUAGUUGACCCAGCUGUAUCAGCAGGAGGUGAUGGGCGUAAAUUGCCCGAUUUUGUAGAUGAUACUGAUACUGAUGAUGAUGAUGCUAUAGAAACUUCUACGAAAGGGCAAACUGAUGAUGAGGUAGCACUACCCUCUAAAAUACCUUCUCCAAUACCAACCAAGAUAUCUAGCACCAUUUCCGCCGAUGCUCCUCAAAUUGAAAAAAAACAAGAAAUACAUCACUAUCAAGCACCAUUAACUGAAGUUGAAAUCCGGGAAAUGAUGAACUUUAGUAGUUUAAUAACAAAAGCACAGAAACAUUCUAAAUUUGCAAUUAGUGCUAUGAAUUACGAUGACGUGGACACUGCUAUAACAGAAUUGGAACAAGCUUUAAAAAUACUAGAAAUUUUAAAGAAUGAUAAAAGGUAA